AUGUCAUCGCCAACUCAAGUUAAUGAUGAGUAUUCAAAUCUCUAUGAAUAUUAUGGAGAAGAAUUAGAAGGAUAUAGAUUUUUUGAAAAUGGUACCCAAGACUAUAAUGGUGAACCAGAAAGGGUAGAAUAUUAUUAUUCUCAAGGUGAACGUGUUUAUAUUGUCCCAUUUUAUCUUGGUUUAGGAUUUCAACAACCAGAAGUUAUUGAAAUUAGUCCAUCAUCAAGUCCAAUUUUAAAGAGUGAAACUGAGAUGGAUAACGAGCCUGAAGUUAUUGAUCUCACAACUCCUGAAGCUAUUGUGAUUGAUGAUGAUGAAUCAGAACCUCAAGUGGAUGCAACAACUAAUAUUGAAGUUGAAUCAAACGAAUCUUUUAAAAGAAGAUUAGGAAAACAAGAUGAACCAAUUGAUGUAACUGAUGGAAACUCUAGUGAUGAUUCAGCUUCAACAUAUUUAGCUUCUGAAUAUAAAGGUGAUCUUAGUGAAUAUUUCAAGUUCAAAAAAUCUAAGAAAAAUCCAACUGAUGUUCCAAAUUCUUAUCCAAUUGCUCCUGUUUCAAUCCAUAGCAGUGUAUUACCAACUGAUAAUUCCGGUUAUAAAAAUAACAAAUCGAUUAAAGAAUGGUUGGAAAAUGUUCCAAAUGUUGGAAAUAAUAAUCAAUUGGAGUUGAAUCCAAAUUUCAUCUUUGAAGAUACUCAGGCACAUUUCCAAGAUCAUUCAUCAAUUGAUAGUUCAUCAACUUUCAACCAAUCUAUUAACUCAUUGGAUGAAGUUUUAUUAGACCAGCAAUAUGAGUAUAAUGAUGAAUAUGGAAGUGGAACUGAAAGUAUUGAAAAGACAAUUUUGGAAGAUGAAACAUUAUCUGUCAUUGAUUUUGGAGCUAUUGAUGAACUUCAAGAUCGUCUCAAAAGUCAUAACCCUUAUAAAGGUUACACUAUUGAUCUUGAAAGACCAUUGGAAGAAGAUGAUGAUGAUGCUAGCUCUGUUGGAUCAAGCAAUUAUCAUUCAUGUCCUGAAUUCUCAACUGGUGAAGCUUUGUAA